AUGAAUAUCGACAGACCUCCAACAUAUGCAUCUUCCGUGCCUACUUCCAAUGCUCCUCCAUCAGCAGCAGUAGCAGCAGCAGGAUACAGCUACAAUGAAUUCCUUCAAGGACAAAGUCUCCAAAUACGCUCUGUCGCUGGUGAUCCAUCGGAACCAUGGCUGCGAACUGUCAAUCGAAUUGUCGCGGGUGUCGGGAUUGGGUUGAGCACGAACUUGCUUAUUAUGCGAAUUUACACGAAAGCCAAGAUCAUGAGGAAAUUUUGGUGGGAUGAUGCCUUUAUUACUCUUGCAUGGUCGUAA